CUCCACAUUGCACGGUAGGCAGGCUGCAAGCAGGCUUGGUGGGUUAGGAGCUGGGCUGGCGCUGGGCAGGACCUGGGCUGGAGCUGUCCUCCUGCAGUGCUCCCAUUCAUGCAGGUGCAAGAGGACAGCUGAGCCGGGGAGAGGGACUCAGGCACCGGACUAUCGCGCAGCACACAGCCUGGUGCGAUCUGCUUCAUUCAUUUGCAUCCAGCUGAUCUAAUAAACCCUUGGCCCGACACAGCUGGAAAUAGCUGCCCCAGCCUGCAUGCCCCUACCCGGGGUGAUUUAUGGUGGCGCAGCCCUGGCUCACACUGCACUGCCCAGGAGAUGGCACAGACUGCAGCUGGCAGGCAGGAGGGGGGCAGCAUCGAUGCCAGCCCUGAUCUGAAGGACAUUGAGACUAAGGUGGGCAGGAAGACCCCAGAUGGGCUGCUCAGGUGGAUGAGAGAGGACCCAGUACUGCUGCUGGAAGAGAAGGGCCAGGUCCUACUGGACACUAGUGACCAGGGCCUUGGGGACAAAAUCAAGGCUCUGAAACUGGAACUGGCUUGCUUGAGAGCCAUUGAUGUGAAGAUCCUCCAGCAGUUGGUGGCCGUUAACGAGGGGAUUGAGGCAGUAAAGUGGAUCCUUGAGGAGAAGGGUAACCUCACCAGCCGCUGCAGCAGUUUGACCAGCAGCCAGUACAGCUUGGCAGAGAGCCAGGAGACCUCCCGCCGAGGGAGCUGGAACAGUCUACAGGACCCAGCGGAUAAACUGGACAGUAUCUCUAUUGGAAGCUACCUGGACACUCUGGCUGAUGAUAUGGAUGAGUACAGUCUGAGUAUCAGUGAACCUAUUGUAUCCUCCACUCCCAAUCGACAGGGACUCACUUUAGCACCAGUGGACCAUGAUGUGACUAAAUUGGAGCAGCAAAGAGAGGGGCCUUUGGGUCCAGCAUCCUAUUACCCCAGAGGGGAGAAUGACAAAGCUAAAAAGGACAGGGAGUAUUAUAUGUCUACUUUGGGACAGAAUUCAUUCGACAAUACCAGGAUUUCUAAGCAGAUGACUCCAUCACAAGCUUCUUAUAUCAGCCAGACACCUAACAGAUCUCUGGGCAAACAUGCGCCGGCUCUGGAGCUGUGUGCAGAGUUAAACACCUCAACAGAUGAAAAGCAAAGUAAAAUAAAACUGAGUCGAAAUGGCAAAUUAGAUCUGGACAAAUGCAAGUUGAACAGUAAAUUACACCUGGAGUACGAUGCGCACUGGCAGUGGGUUCAGUCGCAAGAUGAUGUGACGUUUUUGUGAUGGUUUGCAGGUGACAAAAUAUGCUUGGGUACAAACAAACUUGCUGUUUACUGUCUGAAACUAUACAAUGUGUAAAUGUUUACUUAGAAAAACUAAAAAGACAUAAGCACUAAAAAUAGAAUUAUUUUUGGUCAUUAUAGGACAUCAGCAAGAAAUUGUUCAAUAUCAUCACAUUUUGGAUAGAAAGUUUCUUUCAUUACAGUAAGAAAUGUCUCCAAAGUCUUACAUGUUUUGUGAUAUUUACUGAAACAGCCUUGAAUGAAAUGUUUUAAAUGUGUUUAUACCUUGUGUGAGGAUUUAUGCCAUAAAGUGUCUGUAUACUUUGUAUUAGUCUUGCAUUAUUUUGGGGAAAUGUGCAUAAAAUGUAUUGCAAAAUAAAAUGAUGAUAUAUAUUUAUAAAUCUCAGAAUAAAAACACUGAAAAGAUUCAACAGUAAUUACUGAAAGAAACACUGACAGAUUAGGAUACCAGACCAGUGAAAGAGUUUAUUGUAACAAAAAUGUGUUUCUGUCGCUCUGGUGUAUUAAGAGAUACAAAUGUUUAAUGAAAUUGAAAGUCAAAAUUAAACAUUCAUGGUUCAGAAGA